UCAAUCUUUAUAGCUUCGCGUUCAGUUCGCCACGUUUUGGGCUUACUUUUUUCCAAGGCAAGGCAGUGAUCACACAUUAGAUUAGAAGAUUAAAAGGUUACCAGCUUCAAAAGGAGAUAACUAAUUUUUCUGUCUGUGGGUAAACAUUUCACUACGUUAUCUGGGUAGUGGUUGCGACGUAUGUUCGUUUAUGUUUGUUCUUGUGAUGUCGUUGUAUAUUUGUAUCUAAAAUGUUGUGCUAUCAAAACGCGGGUGUAGUUUUAUUUUUUAUCGCAGGUAUUGGAGUUGUAAUCGGUGAAAUUAGUAUUUCAACAAAAGAAGUAUUGGUUCAAACAAAUGAUGUAACAAAGAUUAGUGUAACAGUAAGAAAUGCUAGCACCUUAGGUGUCCAAAUCAGCUUGAAUGCCCAACACGAAGACAUUGUAAGCGUCCUGCCCACAACAUUAUUUCUGCAGCCCUUUAACGAAACGUACGAGUUAGUAGUUAGGGGAAGAACGGCCGGGCACUCAGAAGUGUCAGCAAUUUCUAAUGACACGAGUAUUGUUUUAUCAGACAUAUACUUGAUUACAAACGUCUGCAACAGUUACGUGGUGGACAUACUUUCCAAAAUCGCCGGAUGGAUCUACAUAAUAUCGUGGGGAUCCUCUUUCUAUCCUCAAAUUUACAGCAACUACAAACGAAAGAGCGUGGUCGGUUUAAAUUUCGAUUAUGUCGGUUUCAAUCUGAUUGGUUACGUAUCGUUUGGGAUCUUCAUAUCCGGUUUGUACUUCGUUCCGUAUUUACAGCAAGAGUACUUUGCCUUAUACCCCAGGGGUCUCAUUCCGGUUAAAACAAACGACGUGGUGUACAAUUUUCACGGAACCUUCGCAGUUUUGCUCACAAUUUUUCAGUGUUGCAUUUACGAAAGGGCACGGCAGACAGUUUCAAACAUCGCCAAAGUACUGAUGGGAAUAUUGGCUCUGUUCUACAUUGUUUGUGGUAUACUGAUAGCGACAGGAGCUUUGAAAUGGCUAAGCUUCUUAUACUACUGCUCCUACCUCAAACUUAUCAUCACACUCCUCAAGUACAUUCCUCAGGCGUACAUGAAUUAUAAGCGGAAAAGUACGAGCGGAUGGAGUAUCGGACUCGUUCUUCUUGAUCUGACCGGUGGACUACUCAGUGUCGUUCAAAUGAUUUUGGAUGCCUACAAUUAUAACGAUUGGCUCUCCAUCUUUGGCAAUCCUACCAAGUUUGGAUUAGGACUGUUUAAUAUAUUCAUCCACAGCUUUUUCAUUACCCAACAUUAUGUAUUGUACAGGGAGAGGCCUCUCGAACCCGCCCCCAAAACAUGGGUUUAAUUAUUAUUCCUUUAGGCUCGGUUUUUCAUAUUACUACUAAAACUAUCUGACAGUUAAUUUUCACGGAAAAAAAUGCAUUUACAUGGAGGUUAUCUAUGAGAUAAGUAUAAAUAAAACAUGAAAAUCUGGUCCUUAAUAGUACGUACUAUUAGUACAUUUUAAUUUAAUUUGAAAGAGAUUUAAAUAAAGAUUCCUUGAAUAAAUUGGUGCCGCCAAGAUGUAAUUAUUCGAUUCUCAACACUUCAUACUAGUAGCAUUUUUCACUCAAAACUGGCUGAAGAUAUGGACAGAUGGGAGACGAACGGAGGGACAAGUUUAACACAAUCGUGUACAUUAAUGAAUGUGUCCGUUUGGGAAAAUAUGGCUAAAAAUUGUACCUAAUUCUAGUUCAAAUAAAGCAAUAUCAAUGGUU